UCAAGUAAAUAUAUGAUUACAAUAAAAAUCACUCAAAGUAUACAAAAUUUUAUCUAUAAAUUUGAAUUUCAGAUUGUAGAGAGUAUCACUCAAAUAUCCCUUCUUUCUUUUGGUUGUCUUCUUCCCGCAGCCACUUCAUCUUUCUCUAAUGGCAGAAACUAAACAUAAUGUAGUAAUGAUUCCGUUCAUGGCACAAGGCCAUAUAAUCCCUUUUCUUGCUUUAGCCCUUCAACUUGAGCAGAGAAAAGGUUGUACCGUAACCUUUGUUAACACUCCUCUCAAUAUUCAGAAGCUAAGAUCAUCUUUGCCUCGUAACUCUUCUAUUCACCUCCUUGAAAUCCCCUUCAAUAGCUCUGAUUAUGGCCUUCCUCCCGAUACCGAAAACACCGAUUCUCUCCCCCAUGAUCUCAUCUUAAAUUUUCUACAAUCUUCUUUAGCUCUCAAACCCGUUUUCAGGAAGUUAAUUUCUGACCUUGUCCAUGAAUCAUGUGGUCAGCCUCCUGUUUGCAUCAUCACAGACAUGUUCUUUUCUUGGUGUGCAGAGAUUGCGCAUGAGUUUGGAAUUUUCCAUGCGAUAUUUUGUGGAGGUGGUGGUUAUGGCUUUGCAUGUUGCUUCUCUUUGUGGCUGAACCUACCCCACCGGAACACCGACUCCGAGGAAUUCACGUUGCCAGAUUUCCAGGAGGCAUCUAAAUUUCAUGCAACCCAGCUAACAAAACAUCUACGGAAUGCUGAUGGUAGGGAUUCCAUUUCAGUGUUUCAGAGGAAAAUGCUUCGUGGAUGGUACAAUGCAGACGGGAUUUUGAUGAACACGGUGGAGGAGCUUGACAAGCUCGGAUUGACGUAUUUCAGAAGAAAAAUUGGCCGACCAGUUUGGCCAAUUGGUCCAGCUCUAUUAUCCUCAAGAACUCGCGCAGGAAAAGCAACAGGAAUCGCGCCAGACGUAUGUGAAAAAUGGCUUGAUACAAAACCGUUGAAUUCUGUUCUAUACAUAUCUUUUGGUUCACAGAACACAUUAUCAGAAUCAAAUAUAGUGCAACUAGCAAUGGCAUUGGAAGCUAGUAGCGUAAAUUUUAUUUGGGUUGUCAGGCCACCGUUAGGCUUUGACAUAAACUCGGAAUUUAAAGCAAAAGAAUGGCUGCCUGAAGGUUUUGAAGAAAGAAUUAAAGCUUCGGGGAGAGGGUUACUGGUGCAAAAAUGGGCACCCCAGGUGGAAAUUCUGUCACAUGGGGCUAUUGCUGCAUUUUUGAGUCACUGCGGAUGGAAUUCAACGCUUGAAGCUCUUAGCUGCGGGGUUCCAAUAAUUGGAUGGCCACAGGCAGCAGAACAGUUUUACAAUGCGAAGUUUUUGGAAGAGGAGAUUGGAGUUUGUGUGGAGGUAGGCAGAGGACUAACCUGUGAAGUGAGACAUGAUGCUAUAGCAAGAAAGAUUGAAUUGGUGAUGAAUGAGACAGAGAAAGGAAUAGAAAUGAGAAGGAGAGCUUGUGACGUGAGAGACAUGAUGAAAGAGGCCAUUAAAGCUGAGAAAGGAUUCGUGGGAUCUUCGGCUAAAGCCAUGGAUGAGUUCUUGAAUGCGGCAAUGCUUAUGAGGAAGGACAUAGACACAAGCACGAGGGUUCCAAAUGGGGAAGUGUUAAAGCAGUUGUGUCCAUGCAGAGAUGGGUGAUUAUUAAUAGGAGCACAUGGGUAACUUUUACAAUGCGGGGAAGAAAUUUGGGCUUUGUCCUAUAUAUGCGGCGUUGCCUGAUUGUCCUUGCUUUCUUUUGUGUGGUCUGGAAAAACGAAAGCUUUCCACUGCGUUAUCAACUCCAAA